GUCGUGUGUCGUCGUUCUACAUUUUCUAAAUCUAUGCUUUAAUUAGAUCUAAAUUGAGCGUAGUAAGUGYACUUUGWAAUCAUUUUCGAUCUUGCUAAARGAACAKAUGUUGUUUGCUUAGUGAACGUUAAUGUUUCUGUCGCUGUUAUGUUAAUUAACAUUACUGUUUGGCAAACACACGAACUGUGCCUCACAGGCGGCAGCACCCACAUAAAGUUGCGGCCACGGGACUGACAUAAAAAGCCCUUUAUUAGCAAACACUCGAUUCUGCCCCGCACACACACACACACAUUCACACAUAGGACAAAGAAUGGCGCAACUAAAGAAACUGCACAUGGCCGACAAAUUAGAAGAUCUGGAGAAGUGGACAGAGAUAAAAGACGUGCGUAACAAGAGCAUGAAAAUUUUACUAAACACAGCUCGUAAGCUGUACCUGACCGCUGAGCAGUAUCGCCGGGAUGGGGACCAAGAGCUGGCCUACAUCACCUACGUGAAGUAUUUCAAUAUGCUGGCGGCCAUACGCGAAAAAUCGGAUUACAAUCAACACAAACUGACAGUGCGGCAAGUGCUGGGCGACACGGAAUCCAAUCGCCGCAUCAUGGACACCCUGGAGCUCAUUAGCAAAUCUCUGAGCACACGCUAUGAGCAGCUGAUGCCGCCAGCAAGUCAGAAUGGUGCAGACACGAUGAACUUGCCGUUGCCGCCAGGGGAACCAAUAGGCGAGCCCAACACAUUGGCCACGACCCCUCCGACAUAUGCCCAAUUGGGUUUAAUCAGCUGUGAAGAACUCUUCCAGCGCAUGCAGCAGAACUCUGUGCUGGUCAUGGAUUGUCGCAGCAGCGCCGAUUACGAGAACUCUCAUUUGACCUACUAUUGUGCAUUUAAUGUGCCCGAAGAGCUGAUAAUGCCGGGCAUGUCGGCGGGUAAGCUGCAGGCACGCCUAAGCAGCAGCGCCAAAGCUGCAUGGGCCUCGCGGUCUGUCAAGGAGUCGGUUGUGCUUAUGGACUGGAACACCAAAGAUGCCCAGCCCGCGGGCAAUGCAGCUAUAUACACACUGUUAGACAUAUUGAAAAACUGGGAUCCCGAUGUUACUUAUCGCUCGCCCAUACAGAUUUUGGAGGGCGGCUACGAGUUUUUCAUCAUGAUGUAUCCGACGCACUGCACCAAUCCGAGUGUCCAACCGCCUCAGCAGAACAACAAUGACAUCGAAACGAUUGAUGACAUCGAGUAUCCAUCCAUAAAUGACAUAACUAUGAAGGAGGAUAUUAUGAAUGCGCCCAAUGUGAUGCAUAAGCAAAGGCCCAGCAUAAAUCGUGCCAGCAAACCGGCUGCAGUGCGCACCUAUGAGCAGAGCUCACCAAAUCAGCAGCAGCAGCAGCCGCAACAGCAACAGCCUGCUGAGCCACAGGAUAACCCUAUCAAUGACAUCAUACGCGAUCAGACAGUGCUGCUGCAGCGGGCACAUCACAACGAUAUGCUACUCGAUACGGCGACCAAGAAGUGGCAAAGCAUAAUCGAGCUAAAGCAACUGCAUGCCGAGGGCGCAGUGCUAAGCUAUCCGGAACAGGAGGUGCUCUACAACAUAUUGCAGCUGGAAAGCAAGGCUGAGGACUAUAAAAUUGAAAACAAUCGACUGCGCGAUGAACUGAAUCGCUACAAGGAGCAAAAUUCGAUGCAGUAUUUGCAAAAUGAUGAUGAGACAACCAAACGCAUUGAAUCGAAAAUACAGGAGCGACAGCAGCUGGACGAACAGCACGAACGAGAUCGCCUCGAGCGCGAGCACCAGCUGUCCAUUGCACGCGCAGCGAAAAAACAUUAUAAGCCACCGGCAGAGACCAAUGCAGCCCGCCCACUCACACCCACAGGCGACGCAUUGAACAAUGCAUUCAACGAGUUGCCGCAGACGAUUGUAUCCGAAGACAYAGCAAKCCGACCCGCCUACGAUCGGUCAACGAAACCACAGAGCCGUAAUGUGGAGACGACAGCGCCACGAGUCCGUGAUUUCUCACCUGUAAUAGGGCACAAUGUGGGCCGCGGCUUAACGGGCCUCAAGAAUCUGGGCAACACCUGCUAUAUGAAUAGCAUACUACAAUGUCUGAGCAAUACGCCGCAGCUAAUGGAGUUCUGCGUAUCGGACAAAUACAAGAACUAUAUAUGUCGGCGUAACAAAACCAAUGGACAGGUCAUCGAGGAGGUGGCCGCACUCAUCAAAGAGCUGUGGAACGGACAAUAUAAAUGUGUGGCCAGUCGCGAUUUGCGAUACGUAGUGGGACAGUAUCAGAAGAUAUUUCGCGGCGUUGAUCAACAGGAUUCCCAUGAAUUUUUGACCAUACUCAUGGACUGGCUGCAUUCGGAUUUGCAAACGUUGCGUGUGCCGCGCCAACGAGAGGUUAUCAGUGCCUCAGAGAAAGCGUGGAUGGAGUUUACCAAGUCGCAGGAGAGUCUAAUACUGCAUUUAUUUUAUGGUCAGAUCAAGAGCACCGUCAAGUGUGUGACCUGCACCAAGGAGUCGGCCACAUACGAGUGUUUUUCGAAUCUCAGCCUGGAGCUGCCGGCAAAUGCAAAUUUGUGCUAUCUGAAUCAAUGCAUGGACAUGUACUUCAGUGGCGAGAAAAUUCACGGCUGGAACUGUCCCAACUGCAAGACGAAACGAGAUGCCAUCAAAAAGUUGGACAUUUCCAAGCUGCCACCGGUGCUGGUUAUACAUUUGAAGCGUUUCUAUGCGGACCCCAGCAACCCGGGCGCCUAUAUUAAGAAACAAAACUAUUUACAAUUUCCGCUGGAUAAUCUGGACAUGAAACCAUAUAUAGCACGUGCCGAAUCACGUGCUGUGACGCCCAAAACAUACCAAUUGUAUGCCGUGUCAAAUCACUACGGCACCAUGGAGGGCGGACAUUAUACGGCAUUCUGCAAGAGCGCCCACUAUGGACGCUGGUAUAAGUUCGAUGAUCAAGUUGUUUCGCCGCUGGACACGUCAAACGUUGUCUCGAGCGCAGCCUAUAUACUAUUUUAUACCUGGCUGCCGCCUAUGCAACUAUCAAUAUCAUAGUCCGCAAAUGAAACAUUAUUAUUUUGAUCCCC